AUGGCGUUAUUUACAAUGGAAAAUUACGCAACAAUCUCGGUUCUGAUGAUUCUUAAAGUAGCUGCAGUGUAUUCUCUGGACAUCAUGACCAGCGUGUACCAUGUCUACAACCAAAGUGAAGUCCUCAUGUUGCCUCUUGGUAAACAGUUCACAAACAGAAACCUGGCAUAUUGUGCCAGCUCUGGGCUUAUACCAUACAGCAACACAGUGACGUCCAACAACACAAAGAUCUAUUCCAUUGGAUUAACCUGCAACGGCUCAUUAGGUGUUAAUCAACAAAUGUCAAACACUUUCAACGACCCCAAGUGUCCGGUUAACUACGUUAAAGUUGGUAGUAACCCAACCUUUGACCCGUUGAACUCAAAUGUCUACAAAUCAUGUCGCGAUGUCUUCAGCGAUGAAUCUAGAAAGGUCGUGACCCUUACAUCCGGGCUAGUCGUCAUGUGUGACACAGUGACAGACGGUGGAGGAUGGACCAUCUUCCAAAGACGUGUGUCUGGGACCGUAGAUUUCUACCGCGGCUGGGAGGAGUACAAACACGGGUUUGGGGAUUACGGCAUUGGGGAAUUUUACCUCGGCAAUGAAAAUAUAUUUCGUAUUUCAUCUAAAGUUGCCCACGAAUUUCGUGUUGAUCUAAUCUACAACGGAAACUUCUUCGCCAAAUACUCCAGCUUUAAAUUGUCCAAUGAGUCUUUAGGCUACAAGCUUUCUAUUUCUGUUUACACUGGCAACGCUGGAGAUUCUUUGGCAGGAGAGAACAAUAAUUUAUUCACAACGUUUGACAGAGAUAACGAUGAUUAUCAUACUAACUGUGCUGUUUUGUACAUCGGGGCAUGGUGGUACUAUGAUUGUCAUGAUUCGAACCUAAAUGGCCAAUGGGGAAACACCAACUAUGGUCAAGGAUUGAACUGGUAUUCACUAACAGGAACUAAUCAUAAUGUGUUGGUCUCUGAAAUGAAAAUCAGACAAAGUUCUUAA